AUGGCAUUUGUGUUUCUGCUACGUAAGGGUCCCAAGAUCGGGAUGAUUCUUAUUUUAUUUGUCAACGUCUUUCUGCUGGCGUUUCUGCUUGUCGGAUGUACCACCAGCGAAUCCAGGUACUCUGACGUUUACCUGCUCCAGUACGAGUUCAACCAAUCGUCUUCAAUGUUCCCGUUGAUUGAGUCUGCAUACGAGAAAACCAAUAGCAAGAGUAUGAGCAAGAUGAAAGUGCGGGUCGGGUACAAAGGAAUCUGCGUGGAGGCCAACGGAACGAAUUCGUGCUCAACCUCUUUGGGAAGUACCGACUACAAAUCAACCUAUCCCGGGGUGUCACUCUACAAUACGGGCUCCAACUCUACAACCACCUCUAUGAACCUGGUGGACAUAGCUGUACAAUAUAACGCAAAGGUGAGCGAACCGUUUGUUCUCAUGGCUAGCUUGGUGUUGACACUGUUGUUGCUGGUGAGUUUGGUUUACGGAAGUAUUCCAUUCCUACCGUGGAAGCAUGUAUGCUCGUAUACGAGCUUUAGCCUUAGUGCUAUUCUAUGCAUAUUGUGGGGAAUCGGAGCUAUGUGGGCACACGUUGCUGCAAACGCGGGCGCAAAGCUGUCGGCAACAAGCUCCAUGACCAUAGUUGCAGCCACGAUAGGCAGUCGAGCGGCUGCGAUGAUAUGGUGCAGCUUCAGUUUUUAUAUUGUUGCUCUGUUUGGUACUAUUUUUGGAUUGGUCGCGGAAAUCAGACGGAGACGGGAUUUGUUCGAAAAGGAUUCCAAAAGUUUAGCAAGCAGCAUGUCUGGAAGCCAUGCUGCGAAGAAUCCGUUUGAAAACAGCAGAUUCAGGCAGUUCGUAUAA